GCCUUCAUGGAGUUUGGGCAGCAGCAGCAGCAGCAGCAACAGCCGCCGCCGCCGCCGCCGCCGCCCCACUCCCAGCAGACCUCGCCGGCCAUGGCAGGCGCGCACUACCCGCUGCACUGCCUGCACUCGGCGGCCGGCUCGCACCCGCACCACCAGCACCACCACCACGGCUCGCCCUACUCCGGCGGCGCCAACUCCUACAACCACCGCUCGCUGGCCGCCUACCCCUACAUGAGCCACUCGCAGCACAGCCCUUACCUCCAGUCCUACCACAACAGCAGCGCGGCCAGCCAGACGCGGGCGGACGACGCAGAUCAGCAAAAAACAACAGUGAUCGAGAAUGGGGAAAUCAGAUUCAAUGGAAAAGGGAAAAAGAUUCGGAAGCCACGAACCAUUUAUUCGAGCCUACAACUUCAAGCUUUAAAUCACCGCUUUCAGCAGACCCAGUACCUGGCACUUCCAGAGAGAGCUGAACUGGCAGCUUCAUUAGGACUUACUCAAACACAGGUGAAGAUCUGGUUUCAGAACAAACGCUCCAAGUUCAAGAAGCUGCUAAAGCAGGGCAGCAACCCCCACGAGAGCGACCCGCUGCCGGGCUCCGCCGCCCUGUCCCCGCGCUCGCCAGCCCUCCCUCCAGUCUGGGACGUUUCAGCUUCCACCAAGGGAGUCAAUAUGCCUCCCAACAGCUACAUGCCCGGGUAUUCUCACUGGUAUUCCUCUCCACAUCAAGACACAAUGCAGAGACCACAAAUGAUGUGAAUUGUCCAAGAGAAAUACUCUGUCCAGAAAUAAAGGAAGUAAGAGAAAAAAAAAAGCCCAGUCUCGCCAUGGCAAGAGGCUCCCUGCCUUGCCAGCGAUGCCAGCUAACAGGCUCUGCAUGGACUUGUACGUGUGGCAAGGAGACAGGGUGGCUUUUUUUAAAGUAACCUCAGCGAUUGAUCUUGAACAGAAAGACACAAUUUUCCCUGUGGCGCACAUAAGACACUUCUCUUUAGGAUAUUUUCAUUUGGACUUGAAGGCACCAGCCUCUUUCUCUUUGGAGUAUACGUCAAAGCAAAACUUUUUACUGACUUUUUUUUCUCCUCCUCUCUUCCCUAGUCCAAGAAGAACCCAAAUAUACAUGGCCACGUUUUUACUUGUUUAAUGAGCUAAAGACAUUACACGAGGAAAGGGAGGUUAUUCGCACGCCUGCAUUUGCAUUCACCAAAUCCAGAUUGAAAAUAAAGGAAGAAAAAGACAAGGAAAAAAGAAUAGGAAAAAAAGAGAACUGUAUGAAAAAGAAAAAAAAGCAAACAAACCCUGUAAGAUUAGAGCAUUAGAACGACGAAGCAAAACCUGCAUGCUUUAUCAAAAUGAAAUGGGCAACAACGCAGAAGAAACCACUGUCUCUCCUUGGACCCCCCGCCCCCCACCCCACCUCACCUCCAGACCCCCGGAAAUGCACAGGGAAAGACCGAGGGAGGACCCACCAAAGCAGCCCACCCUGGCUCUGCAAGGUCUAGUACUUGACUGGUGGCAUUCUCAUUCACUAAGCUAUAGGGACGUUUAUAUGGAGCACCCUUUCUGUAUAUAUUGUUGAAUUUUAGUUGUAUAUAUACUUUGUAUGUUUUUGUCUCCUUUCAUAUAUAGAGUAAAAGCCACAAAAAGCCCGUGUGUCUUGUAUUUCUCUGCAGAUGGAACAGCACAUCCUCUCUGUCUCUAGCUAGAGCUAUGGCUACAGACACCGGCAGGCACACACAGUGAUUCCCGCAACAUUUUUGACGUGAAAAGCAAUAAAUGUACCAGCAAGGA